AUUUUAAAAAAAUGGAAAUUAACGAAGAUGAUGAAUUCACUCUCUUCUCUCCGUCCGGCGCCGGCCUCCAAGUUUCCGACAGCCAUUUCCGCCACCUUCCACCACUCAACUCUAUCAAUUUCCGCCGCAAUCCCAAACUCCGCAACCCAGGAAAAACCACCACCUCUGAAGCAGCGGUCCACAAAACCCAGAAAAAUCAUUUCCCCAACUCCCAUUCUCGCCCCCGCUUCACCCCCACCAUCUUCACCACCUCCGAAGAAGGUUCUGGUUCCAAUUGGGCUCGGCACAGAAGAGAUGGAGGCGGUGAUAAUGAUUGAUGUUUUCCGUCGAGCUGGCGCCGCGGUGACGGUGGCUUCCGUGGAGGAGCACCUGGUGGUUGAGGCCUCUGGCGGCACCAAGCUGGUGGCGGACGCACUCAUCUCAGCUUGUUCCGAUGAAACUUUCGAUCUCGUUGCAUUACCGGGAGGAAUGCCAGGCUCUGCGCGUUUAAGGGACAGCAAAACUCUUCAAGAUAUAACAAAACGACAGGCAGACGCAAAAAGGUUGUACGCCGCAAUUUGUGCUGCUCCAGCAAUUACGCUUUUGCCAUGGGGUUUACUCAAGAGAAAACAGACAACAUGUCACCCCGCUUUUAUGGAUAAGCUUUCGUCCUUUUGGGCUGUCAAAACGAAUUUACAAGUUUGGGGAGAGUUGACUACUAGUAGAGGACCUGGCACUUGUUUCGAAUUCUCGAUUUCUUUGGUUGAACAGCUCUUCGGUGAGUUGGUGGCUAAAGAAAUCUGUGAAUCUAUGCUAUUAAGUGUUGCUGAUGAAAAUCCUAGGAGAGAAGAAUUUAAUGAAGUUUCGUGGUCACUUGAUCAUGCUCCUCAGGUUCUCAUUCCAGUGGCGAAUGGUUGUGAAGAAAUUCAAGUGGUGACAAUUAUAGAUAUUCUACGAAGAGCGAAAGUAAAUGUUGUAGUUGCUUCAGUCGAAAAAUCACUGCAAAUAUUAGCAUCUAGAGGGACCAAAAUAGUUGCGGACAAGACAAUUAGUGUUGCUGCCGAGUCCGUUUAUGAUUUAAUCAUCCUUCCCGGAGGAGAAUUAAGUUCCGAGAAGCUGCACAAGUCUAGGAUUCUGAAAAAGAUGCUAAAAGAACAAAAAUCGGGCGGUAGAUUCCUCGGUGCAAUAUGUUCAUCGCCUGAAAUCCUCCACAGACAAGGAUUGCUAAAGGACAAGCGAGCGACAGCUCACCCUUCCGUAAUAAGCAAGCUCGAUGACGUGGCGGUAAGUGGGGCCCGGGUAGUCAUCGACGGGAAACUUAUCACCGCCAAGGGAGUUGCUAAUGCAACGGAUUUUGCACUUGCUAUUGUGAGUAAGCUUUUUGGGCAUGCAAGAGCUAGGAGUGUGGCCGAAGGUCUCGUUUAUGACUAUCCCAAGCAAUAGGACUGGUCUAUAUAUAUAUAUAUAUAUAUAUAUAUAUAUAUAUAUAUAUAUAUAUAUAUAUAUAUAUAUAUAUAUAUAUUACACGAAUUCAAGAUUCAGAGAAGCUGACAAGAGUGACAACUGCGAAGAAUCCAUCCUUAAGAUGAGGUUUAGGGUAAGCAUUAGUAAUUUAGGAUUAUAGCAAUGUUUGUGGGAUCUACUAUGGUAUUUUAUAUAUUUUUUAAUUACAAAUUGUGGUAAUUAGAUAAUAUGUGUAUAUUUAUAGCUUCCAUGACUAAGUGUUUAAUUUUCGACAUGAAUCAACGUCAUGGUCCGUGUAGUUUGGACCGAGUUUUCUGCGAAGGAAAAAGUAUAAGAAGCUCUUAUCAUGUUGUGUUGUAGAUAUUUUUAAUAACUGUUUUUUUUAGA